AUGCCCUCUCUCCCCUCCCGCUCCGUCGCCAGGGCCAUCCCCUCCCUCGCCCGUGCUGCCUCCUCGGCGGCGGGCAGCAAGGACCACCACGUCCACACUUACACCCCCGACCAGUUCCCCCUCGGCUUCUCCGUCGCUGCCACCCACGCCCAGGUCAAGAAGAAGGCUGGCGUCCUCGACCUCGGAGCUCUCGUCUCCACCACCGACACUCCUGCCUCUGCUGCUGCUUGCUUGACAAGGAACGUCUUUAAGGCCGCCCCCGUCACUGUCACCACAGAGCUCCUCCAGACGGGCAACGGUCGUGCUCGUGGCUUCAUUGUCAACUCGGGUUGUGCCAACGCUGUCACUGGCAAGCAGGGUCUCCAGGAUGCAUGGGCCAUGUCCAAGGGCCUCACGUCCCAGCUUCCCCCGGGCGAUGCCGGCGUCGGCUCGCUGGUCAUGUCCACCGGUGUUAUCGGCCAGCACCUCCCCAUCGACUGUAUCGUCUCCUCCAUCCCCACCCUUGCCCAGUCGCUGAGCGACUCUCCGAAAGCGUGGCUCGACCUCGCGAAAGCGUUCAUGACGACGGAUACGUUCCCCAAGCUCCGGGCGAGGUCGUUCAAGCUUGGUGACCGAUUGGUGCGGUUCGCAGGUAUCGAUAAAGGGGCAGGUAUGAUUGCACCCAAUAUGGGUCCUCCCCAGCCUCCCCAUGCGACGCUGCUGGGCGUGAUCGCUACGGAUGCCGCCAUCACACCUUCUGCUCUCCAGACAGCGUUGAACUAUGCCGUCGAUAGGUCUUUCAACAAUAUCACUGUUGACGGUGAUAUGAGCACCAACGACUCUAUCGUCUGCCUUGCCAACGGCGCUGCUGGCAAGGUCGCGACUGAGGGUAGGGAAGUUGCUUCUGGGAUGAAGGAGAUUGAGGAGGGUACGGAAGAGUUUGGAGUGUUCAAGGAAGAGCUUCGGUCGUUUGCCGAGGAGCUUGCCCAGUUGGUUGUGCGAGACGGCGAAGGUGCCACCAAGUUUGUGACUAUCCGAGUCAAGAACGCUCCUUCGUACGAGACUGCCCAGGCUGUCGCCAAGAGCAUCGCCAACUCCAACUUGUUCAAGACUGCCAUGUACGGUCAAGAUGCCAACUGGGGUCGAAUCCUCUGCGCAGUCGGCUACACCCCCACAGCUAAACCCAUCAUCCCCUCCCGCGUCUCCGUCUCCUUCAUCCCCGCUCCCUCUGUCGCCGACUCUACUCCCCUUCGCCUCCUCACCAACGGCGAGCCCGAAGCCAACAUUGAUGAAGAGAGGGCGAGUGUGAUCCUGAAGGAGGAGGAUCUCGAGGUGGAGGUGGACUUGGGAGAGGGAAAUGAAGAGGCGAGGGUGUGGACUUGUGAUUUCUCUCAUGUGAGUUGUCCUAUUACUUAG